GAGAGAGAGAGAGAGAGAGAGAGAGAAGGGGAGGCCACGGUUGCAGUCCUCUGCACACACACACACACACACAUCCCUGUCAUUGUUCUGCCUGGAGAGACAGGGGCUGGGUUCAGGGCCACAUGUGCUCCUGUCAUCAUCCGCCUUUCUGCUUCAAGUGCAGCCCGGAGUGUCAGCUCUCCAUCUGUCUCCGCCUGGCAGGCGCACGCGCCCAGCGCCCUGCGGGGGGCGAUGCCACCCCAGCCCCGUCUGCCGGCCCCGCGCUGCCCGGCCUCGCUCAUUCCGCAGCUCCGGGCCUGAGGCUGCCCGGCAGGCAGGCGGGCUCUCCCCGCGGACCCUGCCCCCCAGGAUGCCCGAUCGCACUGAGAAGCACUCCACGAUGCCAGACUCACCUGUGGAUGUGAAGACUCCGUCCAGGCUGACUCCUCCCACCAUGCCUCCGCCCCCCACGACUCAAGGAGCCCCAAGAACCAGUUCCUUCACUCCAACAACGCUCACCAAUGGCACCAGCCAUUCACCCACAGCCUUGAACGGUGCGCCCUCGCCGCCCAAUGGCUUUAGCAAUGGGCCUUCCUCCUCCUCCUCUUCUUCUCUGGCCAACCAGCAGCUGCCCCCAGCCUGUGGCGCCAGGCAGCUCAGUAAACUGAAGCGCUUCCUCACCACCCUGCAGCAGUUUGGCAAUGACAUUUCGCCAGAGAUAGGAGAGAGAGUCCGCACCCUCGUCCUAGGACUGGUGAACUCUACUUUGACAAUUGAAGAAUUUCAUUCCAAACUGCAAGAAGCUACUAACUUCCCACUGCGACCUUUCGUCAUCCCGUUUUUGAAGGCGAACCUGCCUCUGCUGCAGCGAGAGCUUCUGCACUGCGCCAGGCUGGCCAAGCAGAACCCGGCCCAGUACCUCGCCCAGCACGAGCAGCUGCUCCUGGACGCCAGCACCACCUCCCCCGUGGACUCCUCUGAGCUGCUCCUCGACGUGAACGAGAACGGGAAGAGGCGGACGCCAGACAGAACCAAAGAAAAUGGCUUUGACAGGGAGCCUUUGCACUCAGAACAUCCAAGCAAGCGACCAUGCACGAUUAGCCCCGGCCAGCGGUACAGUCCAAAUAACGGCUUAUCCUACCAGCCCAACGGCCUGCCUCACCCCACCCCACCUCCACCUCAGCAUUACCGUUUGGAUGAUAUGGCCAUUGCUCACCACUACAGGGACUCCUAUCGACACCCCAGCCACAGGGACCUCAGGGACAGAAACAGACCUUUGGGGUUGCAUGGCACACGUCAAGAAGAGAUGAUUGACCACAGGCUAACUGACAGAGAAUGGGCAGAGGAGUGGAAACAUCUAGACCAUCUGCUGAACUGCAUCAUGGACAUGGUGGAGAAGACACGGCGCUCUCUCACCGUGCUCAGGCGGUGCCAGGAGGCCGACCGAGAGGAGCUCAAUUACUGGAUCCGGCGCUACAGCGACGCCGAGGACUUGAAAAAGGGGGGAGGCGGCAGCAGCCACUCCCGGCAGCAGAGCCCCGUCAACCCGGACCCAGUGGCAUUAGAUGCACAUCGGGAAUUCCUUCACAGGCCUGCUUCUGGAUAUGUGCCAGAGGAGAUCUGGAAGAAAGCUGAGGAGGCGGUGAACGAGGUGAAGCGCCAGGCCAUGACGGAGCUGCAGAAGGCCGUGUCGGAGGCCGAGCGGAAAGCCCACGACAUGAUCACCAGCGAGCGGGCCAAGAUGGAGCGCACGGUGGCCGAGGCCAAGCGGCAGGCGGCGGAGGACGCGCUGGCCGUCAUCAACCAGCAGGAGGACUCCAGCGAGAGUUGCUGGAACUGUGGCCGUAAAGCCAGCGAAACCUGCAGCGGCUGCAACACAGCGCGGUACUGCGGCUCGUUUUGCCAGCACAAGGACUGGGAAAAGCACCACCACAUCUGUGGACAGACCCUGCAGGCCCAGCCGCAGGGGGACACGCCCGCGGUCAGCUCCUCGGUCACGCCCAGCAGCGGGGCCGGGAGCCCGAUGGACACGCCACCAGCAGCCACGCCGAGGUCCAGCACCCCGGGGACCCCCUCCACCAUAGAGACCACCCCUCGCUAGAUGUGAACUCCGGACUGUCCAAGGAAACACGACACCACCACCACCCCGAGAAACCAAUCCUCCUCCAUCCUCGGAUGCUCGAAGUUCUUUUUGUUUGUCUGUCUGUGUGUAGAUGAACUCUUCCUAUCGCAGUCCUUGAGCAAGAGAGAACCUAACGGAGAGUCAAAACAGAGGGCCAGUCACGGGUCGUAAGGACUUAACUGUGGAUCACAAAGAUAAUCUCCUCUUUAGAGAACUGAAAAGAGCAGAGAAAUAUAACAUGAAGCGACAGAUUUGACCUCCUCCCCGGUAUUUGCCAGUAGCUGGGAUUUUAAACUAGAUGACCUCAUUAACCGAUGCUUUACCAAACAGCAAACCAAGAGAUGGCUCAUUGCUGUUGAAAGCAAAAAAAAAAAAAAAAAAAAUUGCUAAGAUUAAGACACAGUGUUCCUGAUAUUCAAUAAUGGGGGGUGGGGGGUGGGGAGGUGGGAAAGAGGCAAACCCUCCAGGGCGUGAGCGUUAGCUACAGUGGUAGACGUUUUAACAAGAAGAUGAACGGCAUCCAUAGGUUGCUAACUGAACUCUGAAGACCCGCUACAAAACACACAUAUGUGCAGCAUAUUGGAAGGAGAAACAGAUGUUCGUUCCCCCCCAUCCCCCACCCCGCAAGUUUCUGAAAAGAAAUAAUAUCCAGGUCAACAGAAUGAAAAAUGAAAAGAUGAUUUACAGUGGGAUGUAUGGAUACAGCAGCAAGAAGAAAAAAUAUGCCCUAAUACAAAAGGCUCCUUUACACACACACCACACACACACACACACACACACACACACACACACACACACGUUAAGAGACUCAGCCUGCAGUUAAUUAGCAUUCUGGCAGCUCUGACAUCAGCCGGCUGCCCUAACUAACCCCUUCGACGUUUGUUCACUUUUGCAAGAUUCCACAGAGUUAAGACAUUGGGUCUGUUUCCAGCUCAUUCAUUUUUAUAUUGAAAAAUACUUUUUUAAAGAAAAAAAUAAAUAAAUAAAUGGUGGCUCCAGCUCCAGCCCCUGUCCAAAUUUUCCAGCCCUGCCCUGUUUAGAUUUUUUAAUUCAAAGCGAGUAGUUCCCUGCGUGUGAAGACACGUCUGUCCUGUGCGGUUUCCGAUGGUGUUUUUUCUUGUAAAUGUGUUGGACAAAUGUGAAGAUGCAUCGUAGUUGAACCAUAACGCCCACAUUUAGUCUCUUUCUUCCUAGUUGGUGAGAAACCUGUAUCUUUCUAUGCUGCUUUUAUAUCUAUAUGUAAUAGUGAUAUUUCUCUAGUAGUUCGGGGUGGGGGGGGGGGAAGACUUUUUUUUUUUUUUUUUUUGGUUGUCCUCAAGAAAACAGAAAAGAAAAAAAAUCUCUCGGAGCUGCUAUUUCACUCUCUUCUAGGAUUUUUUUUUCCUGAAAACCAGCAUGUUCAUGGAAUGCUAGCCUCGGUGUUUUUGUAAGAGGGGAUGUACAUAAAUGUAUUUUGCACUGUCACAAUGACCCCCUAGGCAUGCUUUACUUUUUUUUAAGCCAACUUUUGGAAUAUGCUAGAGCCAUUUCACCCAGUUUAGCUGUAGCAUAUAGUAGUAGUGGAUUUUUUCCUCUUUUUUUUUUUUUUUUCCUCUUCUUUUUUUGAAAAAUCAUUAUUGGGACUUUUUUUUUUUUUAAAUAAGAUAUUCUACUUAAAAAAAAAAAAGACAGUGCAUGCAUAUUGCUGUAAGGUUGUUUAAGUAUUUCUAAUUUUACAAAAAAUAAAAUAAAACGUUAAAUCAUGAGAGCUCCAAAUGCUGAGGUGUAGACUGACAGCUUUAAGCACUGAAUGCCAGGUUACACAGAAUUCUUACAAAAGGGAAGUCCGCCAAAGACUGAUCUGAUGGACCAAAAGCCGAAUCUUGAGAAGCACCAGUACUCCUUUCCCGAUGGUCAGCAGGUGAGCUGUGUUCAGCCAGGUCUCGUGCGAAUCCAUGAACCCUUCUCUGUCCAGGGUCCAGACCAGAACCGCUUGUUCGUUUUGAAACCAGUAGCCCAAGAUGUGGUUGUGUGCUUCCGGGGAAGCCAGGCUGCAGGCUGUGUAGACAACCAAAGUUCUCAAGGCUGGGAAGACCCUUCUCCACGCACAUACACUCACCAGGCAUUUACCUAAAAAUCUAAAACGAUCCAUUAGUGUUUUUUUGUGCAUGCAAGUGUGUGUGUGUGUGUGUUUUGUUUUUAAUGUAGCCCUUGGGUACCAUUUUAAACAGCUUUUCAGUAUCUGCAUAGAGGCAAUCCUAAAUCUGUUUGCUUUAUGACUCCUAAACUAAGGUGACCAGACGUCCCGCUUUUGGUGGGACAGUCCCGAUUUUUAUCAAUGUGUCCCGCGUCCCGGGACUUCGUUAAAAAUCGGGACUGUCCCGCCAAAAGCGGGUCGUCUGGUCACCUUACCUAAGCCCAAACUUUUUAUUAUUAUUAUUUUUUUUUUUUAGUAUUCCCCCACCCCAGGUUUUUUCCUAUUCACAUUAGCUUUUGUUUCGGUGCCGUUAUGUUGUUGUUGUUGUUGUUGUUGUUUUAAAUGGCUUUUUAGUGUAGAAAGUUCUGAUGAGCAACUAUAUUCAUCGAUCUGCAUGUCGGAAGUCCAUCGGCCAGCACACCUGCUUGAAAGGAAGCGAAAGCACAUAACCAGGCUCUGAAUGGGUGAUCUUUUUCAUCAUGGUGCUCCCAGAAUCCUUUGACCUCACUCUGCUUUCUAGUCUGCUUGUGACACUGGACAGUCCUUUCUUACAGAGCUAUUACAUGUUCUAGGCUACGAAGGGUUAAAUAAUCCCUCCCCCCCCCAAAAAAAAAUUAAUAAUAAUGAGGUAUGUCAUACCCACAGGUCGUUAUCUCUAGAAGCUGUGAUGUAUGUGAAACAGCACUGUUAUCUUUACACUAGUGUGUAAAAUAAGGAUUAGUAACAGUACGUCUCAUCCCUUUUUAAUUCAGGGCACCCUGAGUGAAAACAAAAAAGAAAGAAAAAAAAAAUCCCUAACUCUGAGCUCUAUCUCUGACUCCUCUUCCUUCUCUCCCUCCUCCUCCUCCUCCUUCUCUCCCUCCUCCUUCUCCUCCUUCUCCUCCUCCUCCUCUUCUUCCUCUUCCUGUUUUGCUACAUUCUCCUCAGUGGCAAAAAGUUUCACUCUACCUCUUGACAGCAUGUAUAUUGCACCAGUAGCUAACACAAAAACUGGUCUAGUCAAACCAAAUGGGCACAAAAGAACCAGGAUACCAAAAGUUAAGCUCAUACAGCUGCAAACCAUAUCACUCCUUGGUAACAAUGCAGACCUCAUAAACCUAAAGAAGAGAAAGAAAAGAAAACACUUUUGUUAGCUUUCCUUUUCUGCUUGUCACGUAUGUACAGGCCAUGUGAGAGUAUCAUUUGUAGGUAUAACACAUUUUUAAGAAGUGAACCUUCCUUGGAUGGCGGUCGCAGAUAGAAAUAGGGCUUUUCCCUAUCUUAUUUCUGUCUCUGACUCUCUUCUCCUCUGUCAUGAGACUGUGUGUGAUAGGGCUACCUGUCUUUAAAUUUCUUUUUUUUUUUCCUAACUUUUUUUUUUUUUUAAAUUUAUGUGUAGGUGCAUGUCUUGGGGAUUUAAAAAUUUCAAGGCUGGUUUACUUAUGCAAAGCAUGCCUAUGUCUGGAAUAACUUAGGGAAAGAAAGUGACUCCGUGUUGUCCGAAUUCCUCAAGGGACAGAAAAAAGAAGAAAAAAAAAAAUUGGAGACUGUUGAAAUGCAGAUUUGAAGUAAUUUUUUUUGUUUUAAAGAAAACGUUCUUUUGGGUUCUGCGACAUUUCUUGUGAAAA